AUGACCGAAACUCCCAUGAACGCACACCUCUUCAAGAUGUAUAAAACACCACCCAACAGUUUGAAUGAAUUGACGACAACGAUGAUGAUGUCGAGGCAAGCAGGGUUUGGUGGCAGCACGAGGUGUCAAGAGUGUGGCAACAAAGCUAAGAGAGAUUGUGGGUUCAUGAGGUGCCGGACUUGCUGCAGAAGCAAAGGAUUUGAAUGUCAAACUCAUGUCACAAGCACUUGGGUUCCUGCCUAUAGAAGGAACCCUAAAAGACAAAGACAAAAUCCUUCUUCAGGGCUAGAAGGGAGGGAUUUUCCAACUAAAGUGACUUCUCAGGCGACGUUUCGAUGUGUUCGAGUAAGCUCCAGUGAAGAUGGAGGUGAUCAGUAUGGUUAUCUGACAAGUGUGAAUAUUGGCGGUCAUGGGAAUGCUCUUCUCAAGGGACAUAAGCAGCAACAGCAGGCAAAUGAAAUCGGUUCUGCAGCGGCUCUAACAAUGGCUGCUGCUACUACAAGAACAGAAACUGCGACUGCUUUGGUUACUGCAGAAACACUUGUUCCUUUUGCAUAUGCAUCUCCCUAUAAUGCUUUCGUGUCAGCUGGUGCCCAAUUUUUCCUUCGUCCAAAACCUUAUUAA